AUGGACGUGGCCGACGAGACCGUAUCGACGACCAAAAAGUCGGGCUCAGGGGUGCGGCGGCAAGAAAAACCACCAUACUCGUACAUCGCGCUCAUAGUGAUGGCUAUACAACAAUCGCCGGCCAAACGGCUCACCCUAUCGGAGAUCUACACGUAUUUGCAGCAAAAGUUCCCGUUUUUUCGCGGCUCAUACCAGGGCUGGAAAAACUCGGUCAGACAUAACCUGUCGCUCAACGAGUGCUUUAUUAAGCUCCAGAAGGGCAUCGGGAGGCCCGGGAAGGGACACUACUGGACAAUAGACCCGUCCAGCGAGUAUAUGUUCGAGGAGGGCUCGUUCAGGCGCCGCCCGCGGGGGUUCCGACUCAAACGCCAGGCGCUUAAACCCUACGCCCAGAAUCCGUACGUCGGCUACACAUCGCUGGGAAACGCUGGCAAUCCUAUGGGAGGGGGCGGUGGGGGCGGCGGUGGACAGCCUACCUAUACGUACGAUAUGCCACCGCUCGGGUCGAUGUCGUUGGGGCCCACAGUAAACAUGUUCGCCACGUCUACGUCUAGCCCUCCCCAACACGGACUGCCCGACACCUAUCUGUCCAACAAUGGCGGCGAUCCGAUGGCCAUCACCACAACCACCACCGGUGGCUCCCCGUACUAUACCAGCACCGGUAGUCCCCCGCACGCCAUAUACACCACCGACUCGCUGGUGGGCGCCGGUGGCGGACAGACAUGUAUAGUCGGUGGCGGUCAACACCACCCGCCCAUCACCAGUAGCUCCGGCGGCACACCGGGCGGCGGCUGCCCCUCAUCAUCGCCGCCCACGUACUACCACUCGUCGCCCUCGCCGUGCGUUUAUAGUGCCGAACAAUUGGCGGCCAGCGGUGUGUCGGCGCCGGGCAUUGUGACCACGUCGGGCGGCGCCACCUAUUUCAGUCCCUCCCCCACCGGGCCCAUCGCCACGGUGGCCGGUCCGACCAUGUUGUUGCCCUCCCAGCCCUACGGCCAACCGCUGAAGACUGAGUAUUCGUUUAGCACGUCGUCCCCCGGCGUCGGCGGCGGGCACCAGGAGUUGUGGCCACCCGUUAAUUAUUAUGUCUAA